UUUUUGUCUUCACACUCCAAAAUUUGAGCUUUUGCCCUUCACGUGACCCUUUCUUCUUUGUCAUUCUUCACUCUCAACACUGACCCCAUUUUCACUCUCUCUUUCUAAUUUCAAACACACAAUUCCUAAUCGAAUCUCCAUUCUUUUCUUUUGUUCCUCAGAUUUGGAUCUCUCUUCUUCUCUUCCAUGCCUUCUCCAUCUCCCCUUUUUACCAUUUCCGCCAUUCUUCUCUUCUCCCUUCUCUUCCACGUUCACUCUUUUUGUCCACCUUUCUCUUCCCAACCUCGUUUCCCCUUUUCCUCUGUUUCCGGUCAUGGCCAUCCUUCUUUUCAGGUCCAUUGCUCUUCUCCUCACUCUCUUAUUUCCAUUAAUGGCCUUUCCUUUUCUCUUCUAAGUUUCAAUAUCUCCUCCACCACUCUCCUCCUUUCUCCUCUUCCACUUAAUCUCACUCCCACUCCCAAACAAUCCAAUCAUUCCUGUUUUUCUCUUCGUUCUUCUUCUAUUCCCACCCGUUCCAUUGAUUUCUCUGGCUCCCCUUUUCGAAUCUCAGAUGGGUAUUGUUCUAGACUCUCCCUUCUUCGCCCUUGUUCGCCUCCUCAUCUACCCAAUUGCAGUCAUUGCCCUUGGGAGUGUAAUCUUAUCAAGAAACCGGUUAAUUUGCUCCAUGGAUGCGGUGUUGAGCGGCAGUCUGUGUCGGAGCAAGGUUGUCAAGAGGAGGUUUUGGAGUAUUUGGAUAGAAUUCUUAGAUUGGGGUUUGAAGUUGAGUGGGACAAAGAUCAGGACCCUUACUUUAUUAAGUGUAAUGAUUGUGAAGCUAACAAAGGUGUUUGUGGGUUCAAUUCUUCAGACCCAGAUAGGAAAUUCAUUUGCUAUUAUACUCGAACUCGAUACUCAUACCCUAAUAGAAUCGCGAUUCUGUCCUCUGUUUUUGCAUUGAUGUGCUUGUUAUUGGUUAUUGCGGUGAUGUUGGCUUUUUUCAGGUCCAGAUGGUUGAGAUCCUUCGCCAUUGAAGUUGACCCAACAGCUCAGUUCCUUAGCCGUCAUCGUUCACCUAAUCUUCUCCCACCUGUUUUUCCUUACGAAGAACUUGAAUCCUCAACUAAUCGAUUCGACCCAAAGAGGAAACUGGGCGACGGUGGAUUUGGGUCUGUUUAUUUGGGUCAGCUCAACGAUGGUCGAUUAGUGGCCGUUAAGUAUCUCCACAAGCAUCACGCCGCCGCCACUGCCUCCUCCGGCAAGGCUUUCUUCACCAAAUCGUUCUGUAACGAAAUCUUGAUUCUUUCUUCGAUUAAUCACCCAAAUCUCGUUAGGUUACAUGGGUAUUGUAGUGAUCCAAGAGGGCUUAUUCUAGUUUAUGAUUAUGUUCCAAAUGGGACUCUCGCCGAUCAUCUCCAUGGGCCUAAAUGCUCGUACCGGAAAGGAUCUCUCUCUUGGCAAGUAAGGAUUGACAUUGCUCUGCAAAUCGCCAUGGCUAUGGAGUAUUUGCAUUUCUCUGUUGUACCACCGAUUGUUCACAGAGACAUCACGUCUUCUAAUAUUUUUGUGGAGAAAGAUAUGAGAAUCAAAGUUGGGGAUUUUGGGCUUUCAAGGUUGUUGGUUUUCUCUGAUACGACGUCAUCUUCAUCUGGGUAUGUCUGUACCGGUCCUCAGGGGACACCAGGCUACUUGGAUCCAGAUUACCACCGCUCGUUCCGGUUGACGGAGAAAAGUGAUGUGUACAGCUUCGGAGUUGUGUUAUUGGAGCUGAUUUCUGGUUUGAAAGCGGUGGAUCAGAGUCGAGAGAGAAGAGAAAUGGCGUUAGCUGAUCUGGUAGUGUCGAAGAUCCAAAUGGGUCAGCUUCAUCAGGUGGUGGACUCUGUUUUGGGCGUCGACGGUGAAGUAAUCGACGGCGUUGAGGCCAUGGCGGAGUUGGCUUUCCGAUGCGUUGCGGCUGAUAAAGACGACCGCCCUGACGCGAAGGAGAUUGUGGAGGAGCUCCGGCGAAUACGGAACUGCACACGUGGAGGGGUCCGGUCGUCGAUUUCAAAUGUAAGUGCUGACGUGGGUAGAAGUUGAUUGGAGGAUGAGGCGAUUUGUUUGGCGCCCAGUUUGCGUACGUGGGGGGUUUGACUAGUCCACAGAACAGCGACGGGACAUAUUUUUUGAUGCUUUGCUUGUAAAUGUCAAAUAUCCACGUGGACUCAGCUUUGCUGAAUCAGCUGAGGGCACUAGAGGUGACUGUAAAAUGUAAAAUCUUUUUUGUUUUCUUCUUCUAUUUACUCAAUUUUACGUCUUCCUCUUUUUGGGUUAAACAUCUCUUGAUCCCCACACCUAUCCAUUUUGAGUCCAUACAAUAAUGAUAAUGAUGAUGUUUAGAGGAAAUUUUAUACGUUUAAAA